CCCGCUAGUCGUAAAGUGCAGUAAAGGCACCAGCAUUUUGCGGCACCGUAGGUGAGGCCGGCGGCGUGGGUCCUUGCGGUGCAGGGAGCCGGCGCUUUGGUAGUUUCUUCUGCGGAAAGGCGGUAGUUUGGAAUUUGGAAAGGCCAGGGAACUAGUCUCUCUUCUCCUGAAGUUUGAAAUGCUUUAUCUCAUCGGCCUGGGCCUGGGAGAUGCCAAGGACAUCACAGUCAAGGGCCUGGAAGCUGUUAGACGCUGCAGUCGAGUGUAUCUAGAAGCCUACACCUCAGUCCUGACUGUAGGGAAGGAAGCUUUGGAAGAGUUUUACGGAAGAAAAUUGAUUCUUGCUGAUAGAGAAGAAGUGGAACAAGAAGCAGAUAAUAUUUUAAAGGAUGCUGAUAUCAGUGAUGUUGCGUUCCUUGUGGUUGGCGAUCCGUUUGGGGCUACAACACACAGUGAUCUUGUUCUAAGAGCAACAAAGCUGGGAAUUCCUUAUAGAGUUAUUCACAAUGCCUCCAUAAUGAAUGCUGUAGGCUGCUGUGGUUUACAGUUAUAUAAGUUUGGAGAGACAGUUUCUAUUGUUUUUUGGACAGACACUUGGAGACCAGAAAGCUUCUUUGACAAAGUGAAGAAGAACAGACAAAAUGGCAUGCACACAUUAUGUUUACUAGACAUCAAAGUAAAGGAGCAGUCUUUGGAAAAUCUAAUCAAGGGAAGGAAGAUCUAUGAACCUCCACGGUAUAUGAGUGUAAACCAAGCAGCCCAGCAGCUUCUGGAGAUUAUUCAAAAUCAAAGAAUACGAGGAGAAGAACCAGCAAUCACCGAGGAGACACUUUGUGUUGGCUUAGCCAGGGUUGGAGCAGACGACCAGAAAAUUGCAGCAGGCACUUUACAGCAAAUGUGUACGGUGGACUUGGGAGAACCAUUGCAUUCCUUGAUCAUCACAGGAGGCAGCAUACAUCCAAUGGAGAUGGAGAUGCUAAAUCUCUUUUCCAUACCAGAAAAUAGCUCAGAAUCUCAAAGCAUGGAUGGACUUUGAACAUAGAUAUUUACUAUUGUCUGAUUUAAAUUUCAACCAUAUAUGGAUUGAUAUGGUUUGGCUGUAUCCCUACCCAAGUCGCAUCUUGAAUUUUAAUCCUCAUAAUCCCCAGGUGUUGUGGAAGGUAAUUGAAUCAUGGGGGGUGGUUACCCCCAUGCUAGUCUCAUGAUAGUGACUUCUCAUGAGAUCUGAUGGUUUUGUAAGCGUCUGGCAUUUCCCCUACUGGCUCUCAUUCUCACUCUUGCCACUCUGUGAAGAGGUGCCUUUCACCAUGAUUGUAAGUUUCCUGAGGCCUUCCCAGCCACGUGGAACUGUGAGUCAGUUAAACCUCUUUUACAAUUACCCAGUCUCGGGUGUUUCUUUAGCAGUGUGAGAAUGGACUAAUACAUGGAUGCAUGCACAUUUGUGUAACAAACAGGUCUUUUGGCUUAUCUAGCAAGUAUAAAACAAGCGACCAAAAAGAAGUUGACUCAACAAUGCUUGGUUUCCUGUGGCAGUGAGUUUUUUCCCUAUGAUAUCAUCAGUUGUUGCUGCUAUUUUGGCAACUUUUCAGGAUGUACACACAUAGAGCAGACCAGGCUGGAAAGCUUGUGGAUAGAUAUCCACUGACAGAAUCAUUUAAGAGCAGUUUUUAUUUAUGAAACCAAUUUAUACAAGAUGGUUGUUAACAGAAUAUAACUUAGAGGUAACUGGAAUUUGAAUCACUUGAAUCUCAGUUUAAAGGGUAGAAGUUAUGAGUGCCAAGAAAAGCAAAUAAGAGAUUAGUAAACAUUCACAAAAUAUGUUUAUAAUUUUC